ACAAACUCCCAAGGACGCACGGAAGAAAUCAGCAAGCACAUCAAAGAACGAUUUGGAUGAGGAUGUCGAAAGUAGAUGUUUGUUCAUCACAAGAUUAGUACAUUUGUACUAUGACCGGUCCGAUUAGGAGAAAAAGAAGAACCGGCGGAUUCCGGUUCAAAGCCCAGGCGACGUCCCACGCCAUAACGGCCGCAACCUGUAUGCACGAAGGCCCAAGCCCAUCUUCCCGCUGGCCGUCUUCGUCUCUCUUCCUCAUUUCCCCCGCUGCAGCUCCUCAUUGUCCCCUCGGUGGCUGCUGCUGACUGCUCCCGCCUGUUCUCUUCCCCCGUUCUUUCUCACGCCCGGCGAUCUCCAAUCCACAGCGUCAACUACCGCCGUCCCCCAGAGCCGCCGUGCUGUCGGUCCAAGCUCAAGUGAAUGAGUACUGAGAUGAGAAGCGGUGGAGCUUGAACCAGACAUGGCGGAGGGUGCGGAGGUUGAGGACCGGGUCGACCUUGAUGAAGAUAAUUACAUGGAAGACGUCGACGAGGACAUCGAAGAACAGCUGGACGAUGAAGGAGAAGGAGGAGGCGCUAAGCAUGAUACUGAUGACAAUGCCGAGGAGAAUGAUUCGAAGAGCGAGUCUGAUGGGGAUGACCGGUCACCCGAGGAGGAACAGAGUCAUGCCGCCGCUGAGCCCGCAGAAGUUGAAGAAGAGAGGCCUACACCUUCCCUGAAUGGCGAUGACAUGGACAAGCAUGCCGAGCUUCUCUCUCUUCCUCCCCAUGGGUCUGAAGUUUUCAUUGGAGGUCUUCCAAGGGAUGUCUUGGAGGAAGACUUGAGAGACUUGUGCGAACCGAUUGGAGAAGUAUUCGAGGUAAGGCUAAUUAAGGACAAGGGGACCGGUGAAAGCAAGGGUUAUGCUUUUGUGUCAUUCAGAACACAGGAGGAAGCACAGAAGGCUAUAGAGGAAUUGCAUAGUAAAGAAUUUAAGGGUAAAACGCUUAGGUGCUCAUUAGCUGAAAGUAAAAAUCGGUUAUUUAUUGGCAAUGUUCCAAAGAGUUUGAAGGAUGAUGAGUUUAGAAAAGCUAUCGAGGAGGUUGGACCAGGAGUGGAAAACAUCGAGCUCAUUAAGGAUCCUCAAAAUCCAAGUCGCAAUCGUGGGUUUGCUUUUGUUUUAUAUUAUAAUAAUGCAUGUGCUGAUUAUUCAAGGCAAAAAAUGUCGAAUGCGAAUUUCAAGCUGGAUGGUAAUACCCCAACUGUCACCUGGGCUGAUCCAAAGAGUGCGCCUGAUCAUUCUGCUGCUUCCCAGGUGAAGGCUCUUUAUGUGAAGAACAUUCCUGAGAACACUACAACCGAACAACUGAAAGAACUCUUUCAAAGGCAUGGAGAAGUAGUCAAAGUGGUCAUGCCGCCAUCCAAAUCUGGCAGUAACAAAAGAGAUUUCGGGUUUGUUCAUUAUGCUGAACGGUCAAGUGCAUUGAAGGCUGUCAAAGACUCAGAAAAAUAUGAGAUUGAUGGACAUGCUUUGGAGGUUGUCCUUGCUAAACCACAAAGUGAGAAGAAACCUGAUAUCUAUAACAGUGGGCUCCAUGCAAAUCCGCUUCCGAAUGCUGGAUAUGGUGGUUUCGUUUCCAGUCCUUUUGGUCCUCCACACACAGGAUAUGGUGGUGUUUCCUCCAGCUUUCAGCAGCCAGUGAUAUAUGGGAGGGGGCCGAUGCCAUCUGGGAUGCACAUGGUUCCAAUGGUUCUACCGGAUGGUCGAAUUGGCUAUGUCCUACAACAGCCUGGUGUACAGAUGCCACAUCCUCGGCCUCGUAGGAUCGAUAAUCGGAAUGGGCAGGCUGGACGAGGCGGGGGAGUAGGAGGGAGUGGCAGUGAAGAAGGCAACCGCAGCAGGAGAUACCGACCCUAUUAAAUCAAGUGGGCUUAUAGACGGUGGCAGACAUACUGAUGCUGAAGAGUACCUCCGGAAAAGAAAUCAAGUGACGGUGGGAGUUGAAGGGGGAGGGUCACUUUAGGACUUGGUGAGCUGCAAACUUCUCUCCCCUUUGGAGUCUUCGACUGAAUCCCGUUGCUUGAGAGAACAAGAAUAACCUACUGCUGAGUCGUGUUGAUGGAUCGGGGUUGCUCCUUUGGACAAACGAUCUCAAUUUGCUUUGUCUGUAGAAACUGACUUUAUGUGAGAUUGCGGGUACUGCUCCUCUCAUAGUCAUAAAUGAAUUUUCCCAACUUAUUCUCUUUUUCUC